CUUGGUAACGACGAAUUUACAUUUCAUACAACAUGAAUUUUGUUCUCACCAUUGGGCGCAUUUAUUUUCGAUCACAGGCGAAUUUACUUUCCGGGGAGGCUUCUUUCCACUAACAUAAUGUUACACGGACAGACAACCAAUCAAAACUCGCCAUCACCGUCUUCGACAAGACAUGAACCGCCUGCAUCCACCAGGCCAACAUCAGCUGAAAUUUGGAGAACAUUCACAGCCCACGCAAGAGGUUUCCGUGGAGCUAACCUUACAGUAUUUGAGAAUACAGAAGCAAAAGCGGCUGUUCGAGAUCGUAAUCAGGACCAACUCUGGGUACAAUCUAACGAAAUGAACAGUGUAGUCUUCGACCUGAAACAACUUUCCGUUCUGCCUGCAGAGUUCUACGAAGCUCUCGCCAAUCAAUAUCCUUCCGCUAUUGGGGCAGUACCAGUGCGUCAGGGAGCCAUUAAUGGGGUCAUCAUUGCUUUUGAUUCCGCAGAAUCUCGCACAACCGCCUGCAGUGUUGGUAUAACAGUUGGAGGUUUCAACGUAAUCGGUACACCUACGUUACCUCCUACUAGCUCCAUUUACCGAGUUUCGCUUGAAAAGCUACCUUUGAUGAGACCAGACAGUUUAACCCCACUUCUGACUGAGGCACUCUCUCGCUACGGUACAGUCCUUCAUGUUGGUUUAUAUCGUGAUCCUGUUAGUCGUCUUUUCUUUGGUAAAGGCUAUGCCCUUAUCGAUACCGCACCUGAGGAUCGCACAGUCCUCCCUCUCAGUCACGAAAUUGAUUUAACGAACCAACGACUUAUCUAUGCUUCGUGGAGAGGAAUGGCACCUCAUUGUUUUUACUGUCAUAAGCCUGGCCACACAAAAGGCAACUGUCCUCGUCUAUCCCAGCAACGUAUUAAGACUUGUUACAACUGUGGGGAUCCAGGCCAUUUGAUUCGAGAGUGUCCUAAACGUAACACUGCCACGGUGGGCGAGAAACGUAUCCGCUACGAUAAUUCUUUGCCUGACAUACCUACGUCGUCUUCAUCAUUGAAUUUAGGCUCUUCAUCCACUCAGAGCUCUUCAGCACCAACUUCUAUUGUAUCUGCUGUAUCUAAGUUUGUACACCAAUCUGACAUUGAGUCUUCUAAGAUGACAGCCAGCACCCAGAAAAACGUUGCACGAACUAGGUCAAAGGCAUCUACCAC